UGCCUGCCUGCCUGCCCUCCUUCUCCUCCCUCCCGCCGAGUUGGGGGCGCGCCGCCGGAGCCGAGGAGGAGCAGCAGCAUUAGCAGCGGGCCGUCGAGGCGGAAAGGCGCGCCCGGCAGCCGCAGCCGCAGCAGCAGCUCCUGGGAGCGACCCUGCGAGCUGCUGGCCGGAGGAGCGGGCGCCCGGCAGGAGCCCCUCGGCGCGGGCGGCCCCCGUGGUGCGCCCUCGCCCCAGCCCUGGGAUGGCCAAGGCUGGCGGCGGCGGCAGCAGCAGCAGUAGCCGCGCUGGCGGCGCCUCCUCCGGCUCCUGCUCCUCCUGCCGGCGGGGCCCCCUUCGGGACUAGCGGCGCCGGGGCGCAGCAGCCGCCGCAGCCGGCGAAAGCCAGAAGCCCUCUGCGGACGGGCAAGCGGGGCGCGCGGCAUGGAGGAGUGGCGGCAGUGCGGCCGCUGGCUGAUCGACUGCAAAGUCCUGCCGGCCAACCACCGGGUGGUCUGGCCCUCGGCGGUGGUCUUCGAGCUGGCCCAGGCGCUGCGGGACGGCGUGCUCCUCUGCCAGCUGCUGCACAACCUCUCGCCCGGCUCCGUCGACCUCAAGGACAUCAAUUUCCGGCCGCAGAUGUCGCAGUUCCUCUGCUUGAAGAACAUCCGGACAUUCCUCAAGGUCUGCCAUGACAAAUUUGGCCUGCGGAACAGCGAGCUCUUUGACCCCUUUGACCUCUUCGAUGUGCGGGACUUCGGAAAAGUGAUAUCUGCAGUCUCCAGGCUUUCUCAUCACAGCAUCUCUCAGAACAAAGGAAUUAGGCCAUUCCCUUCGGAGGAGACCACAGAGAAUGAGGAUGAAGUCUACAGGAGUUUGGAGGAACUGGCCGACGAGCAUGAUCUGGGGGAGGACAUCUACGACUGUGUCCCGUGUGAAGAUGAAGGGGACGAUAUUUACGAAGACAUCAUCAAAGUGGAAGUCCAGCAGCCCAUGAUCAGAUAUAUGCAGAAAAUGGGCAUGACAGAAGACGACAAGAGAAACUGCUGCUUGCUAGAAAUCCAUGAAACGGAGGCCAAAUACUAUAAGACGCUGGAAGACAUAGAAAAGAAUUACAUGAAUCCACUACGGCCGGUCCUGACUCCACAGGACAUGGAAGCGAUAUUUAUCAAUUUGGAGGACCUCAUUAAGGUGCACUUCAAUUUUCUGCGAUCCAUUGAUGUCGCCAUGAUGUCUGGAGGGAGCAGCUUAGCCAAAGUCUUUCUGGAAUUCAAGGAAAGGCUGUUGAUAUACGGCGAAUACUGUAGCCGCAUGGAAUACGCACAGACCACGCUCAACCAUCUCAUGGCCAACCGAGAGGACGUCCGGCAGAAAGUCGAGGAAUGUACGUUGAAAGUUCAAGAUGGGAAGUUCAAGCUGCAGGACCUGCUGGUGGUCCCAAUGCAGAGGGUUUUGAAGUAUCACCUCCUGUUAAAAGAGCUUCUCAGCCACUCUUCGGAUCGGCUGGAAAAGCAGCAGCUGAAGGAGGCCUUGGAAGCAAUGCAGGACUUGGCCAUGUACAUCAAUGAAGUCAAGCGGGACAAAGAAACGUUGAAGAAGAUAAGUGAAUUUCAGAGCUCGAUAGAAAACUUGCCGGUGAAGUUGGAAGAAUACGGGAGGCCGAAGAUCGACGGCGAGCUAAAGGUCCGGUCAAUAGUGAACAACACGAAGCAGGAUCGGUAUUUAUUUUUAUUUGAUAAAGUGGUGAUUGUCUGCAAACGAAAAGGCUACAACUACGAGCAGAAGGACAUUAUUGAACUGCUCUGCUAUAAGAUGACCGACGACCCCAUGAACAACAAGGACAUAAAGAAGCUGCACGGAAAAAUGUGGUCGUACGGUUUCUACCUGACGCACCUUCAGGGCAAGCAAGGCUUCCAGUUCUUCUGCAAGACGGAAGACAUGAAGAGGAAAUGGAUGGAGCAGUUCGAAAUGGCCAUGUCCAACAUUAAGCCGGAGAAAGCCACUGCAAACAACCACAGUUUCCAGAUGUACACGUUUGAGAAGACGACCAACUGCAAAGCCUGCAAAAUGUUCUUAAGGGGGACGUUCUACCAGGGCUACCAGUGCACUAAGUGCAAAGUGGGGGCACACAAGGAGUGCCUGGAGGUCAUCCCGCCUUGCAAAAUCAGUUCUCCUGCAGACCAGGAUUCUUUGAACAUAGGGCCCAAAAUGGUGGCGGUUCAGAAUUACCACGGCAACCCGGCUCCUCCAGGAAAACCGGUGCUAACCUUUCAGACCGGAGAAGUGAUUGAGCUGCUGAGAGGGGACCCGGAGUCACAGUGGUGGGAGGGGAGGCUCAUAUUGACAAAGAAGUCUGGCUAUUUUCCGAGCACGUCAGUCAAACCCUGCCCAGUGGAUGCAAGGCCUCCCAACAGCCGGCCUCCGUCACGGGAGAUGGACUACUCGGCGUAUCCUUGGUUUGCAGGAAACAUGGAGAGGCAGCAGACAGACAACCUCCUCAAGCUCCACGUCAGCGGGACGUACCUGAUACGGGAGAGGCCGGCGGAGGCCGAACGAUUUGCAAUCAGUAUUAAGUUCAACGAUGAAGUGAAGCACAUCAAGGUGGUUGAAAAAGACAACUGGAUCCACAUCACGGAAGCCAAAAAAUUCGAGAGCCUGUUGGAACUCGUGGAGUACUACCAAACCCAUUCUCUGAAGGAGAGCUUUAAGCAGCUGGACACGACCCUGAAGUAUCCCUACAAGUCCCGGGAGCGCUCUACCUCCAGAACCUUAACACGCUCACCAGCUGCCUGUGCUUCCUACAAUUUUUCUUUUCUCAGUCCUCAGGGCCACAACUUCACUUCUCAGAAUUCCUCCACUCCUUUCUGGUCAGUAUUCACGCCUCGGGUCAUAGGGACGGCGGUGGCGAGGUACAACUUUGCUGCUCGGGACAUGCGGGAGCUCUCGUUGAGGGAAGGGGACGUGGUGAAGAUCUACAGCCGGAUUGGUGGGGACCAAGGGUGGUGGAAAGGAGAAACCAACGGACGGAUCGGCUGGUUCCCUUCGACCUACGUGGAGGAGGAGGGUGUUCAGUGACAAUCCAAGCUCCCGGCCCAUUGGGCAGGUGCCCAGAAAAAUCCUUUCCUCACGCAUCCGUCCCCGGCACUCUGAGUGCAAAGUGAUCUGUCCCUCUUCCAGCAUUGACAACAGAGAUGCGAGUCUGGGUGGGGAGGGGCCGUUUCGCGUGGAAGGGUGUGUGGAGGAGAGAGCAACCGCAGAGGGUUGGAUGCGCAUGUGCAAGGGGCUCGGAGGUGUUCUGCUGCUUCUCACUGGUGGCAUUUCUUGUACAUAAGAUUUAAAAACCUAAAAUCCGGUCAUGUUUGGGGAGAGCCUUGGCGGGGUCUAAUUGGGGGGGGGCAGCAGGCGUGACUGUUGCUCUGCUCUCGUAUAAGAUGUGCACCUCUUCUGGGGACAAAGCCAUCACUGGAGCGGUGGGUGGAAUGAAGACUCCCAUUCCUGCAAGGAGCGAGCUUGAGAAGAGAAUUCUCCAAUUCUGAGGUACUGGGAAUUCUGCAUUAGAUCAUGGUAAUCUGAAUGCAGUAAGGAGUCGCUUGAGCAAAGGAUGAUCCAUUGGCUAGCCUCCGAUCCAGAUACAUUGGCUAGCCUCACCCUUUCCUGGCCAUGGUGGCACAGUUGACACUUCUUGAUUCAACUCGAGCAGCCUCCCAGCAAGGAGAAGAUCUGCAGUUAAAUCACUUGUCCCAGGGACCCACCAUCCCUGCAUACCCCAGAUCUACUUGAAUUCUUCUGGAGCCCCGUGCAUGUCCGAGGCCCAAGUGGAUGACUGUCAGUCGUCUCUCUGUUUCACCCGGAUAUCAGCGAAUGCGUGUGACCGUUAACUGAGACCACCUUAGGAAAGAAUUUUCAGAAAAUUCUAUGCGAGGGUUACGCCCGGUGAAGAUAUUGUUUUGGAUGGCACUUUGGUGGAAGCAAGGACUUGGAGUGGGUCUCACACGGAAAUGGCAGCAAUGAGCCUGCAUAGUUCUCCCUGGUGGGAAAUGGCAGCAAGGAGCCUGCAUAGUUCUCCCCGGUGGGAAAUCCAUGCAGAAGAAUGGACCAUUCUCUUCGUCUCUCCCAUGUGGUUCCCUCAGUGCAUACUUUACCGGGACAGCAUGGGCAGAAAGCCAAGGAAGCCGCUUUGGCGUCAUUCACAUGAAGCAGAAAGUGGUCCUUGGAAGCACCGAUCCACCUGCACCACCUGUGCCUAGCCUGAUCCUCUUAAGCUCUCUCACACAACUAAGGGCCGUGGGGAGCUGGUCCUGAAGUCCUCUUCACUUGUGUGCUGGCAGCCUCUGGACACAGUACUGCCUUGGGUGGUGGGGUGGUGCUCUUUGGGUUAUUUUAAAUCUGCUUCUUUGCCCCUGUACAAAAAGGUCCUCCUCCAGCCACCGAUGCCCAAACAGUAGUCACUCUUAUGUGUACUAGGUAGAAUUUGCCAAAGCAUAUCAGUCCUAAGGAGGAUGAAGGACUCUCCUCCCCGCAAACCCCCUGUUUGGGAUUUCCUCAACAUUGCUCAGAAACAGCAACCCAGGAGGAGAUGCAAAAUACGCUUUGAAUGUGGGAGGCAACCCAAAUCCUAGUAAGCACCCCCGGAUCACCUCCUUUUUGCCCAAAGGAAAAAAGAUCCGUUUCAAAACGACCUUCUUUCCCUCAUACAAGGACGGUGCACAACCCUCCUUGUUUUUCUUGGGUAAUGAGCCCCAGAAAUAUCCCCUCCUUGGGAGUUUUUGGGCUGUAGCUCAGAGGUGGAGCAUCUGCUUUGCAUGCAGAAGGUCCCAGGUUCAAUCCCUGGCAGCAUCUCUAGGUAUGGCUGGGAAAGAUUCUUGCAUGAAACCUUGGAGAGCCGCUGCCAAUCAGAGCAGACAGUGCUGAGCUAGAUGGACCAAGGGUCUGACUCAAUAUAAGGCAGCUUCCCAUGUUUCUAUGCAAUCUUGAGGCCCUUGAAAAUGUUGAUUUCUUCCACCUUGGCAGAAACGUCUUGAGUUAUAAUUCCUCUCCAAAGCAUUUAUGGGUAGGCACGUCAGUUUCGGCACUACAACAUCCUGCACGUUGAAACUUGGGCAUGGUUCCUAAGAGCACGUCUGCAUCUUUUGAAGGUAACAAGCUGUAUCUCCAGGAGUGGAAAUAUGCAUGGGGAAAAGCCAGCUUGGAGGGAGGGGGAAAGCCAGCUUGGAGAGAAAGUAGGGCAGAAAACCAAGUGAAAGGGGGAGUCAUCAGUAACACGUCUCAUCACCCUCUCUCCACUACCAGGUAGUGCUUAGUGCUUGAGUGUCUUCCAAUUGUGAAUACUUAAUGGUGAAGAAAAAAACAUACUGUAUGUGCUCAGAGGCACUCUUGUUACUACCGCCUUUCUACUCCCUUCAGUAGUUUAGUUGCCAGGCCAAAUGUUUAAGACACCCACGGCUCUAUCGAUGACCAGACGGUUUUAGAUACAACAGCUGCAUCUACACUGAAAUGCCUCACCAUCCUCCACGGUGAAUUCUGAACAAAAUCCAACCAUUUUUUGGCUGAAAAAGGGAAGGGGAGUGUGACAGGGGUCUUUAUUUGUCUACUGUUGUAAGAAAUUCUUUUUUCUAAAGCAAUCGUUUUGUUUGUAAUUAAUUAUUGACCCAAUUGUCGCCGCAAUAUAUAUUUGUGAAUAAGAAAGGAAGUUUUUUUAUUAUGAUGGCGAGAAUAUUGUACAUAUAUCUGAGUUGAUUUUGCAAAACAAAAAACAAAAACAACUUUGUUUUUUUUUAAACAGAAAAAGUGUAACAAUGGAAAAAAUAAUUUGUAAAUUCCUUGAUUUAUUUGGGGGUUUUGUUUUUGUUCAGUUUCUUUUGCACUACCCUAAAUUGGGGCUAGAUGGGGGGUGAUGGGAGAAAUACGUAGAAAUAUGAGAGUUGUUUGAGGGAUAGUUCAUAGCUGGAAAAAGAAUCAGCAACCAUUUGCAAUUGCUUUUAAUGCUGGAACCUGAAAACAGAACUUGUAGCUGCUAAUUAGUCCCUUUCCUUCUCCCCGCAUGUAUUUUUACAAUCUCUUACGUUACCAUCCAAGGAAAUCCUCCAACAAACAAAUACAAUGUAAUGUUAUUGACAGAUUCUCCCCCUGCCUCCCUCCCUUAAAACGUUAUUUUUACUGCAAAUAAACACCUGCUCUUUUUUUCGGCA